AAAAAAAAAAAAAGGCAAAAACCAAGUGCCUGUCUAAGUACUAGCCUUCUUUUACUUUUGCUUCUAAACUACAGUUCUUGUCUCGUUUCACUCUCUUUUCUUCUCCUUAACGCUUCUUCUUCCUCAUCCUUUUUUUUUUACCCUAAUAUCGUAAGGAAAAAAUGUUUCCUCUAAGAAGUGUCUCUGGUUUGGAGAACAAGAGCCCGGUCAACUUAACGAAGGGUGACGACUCCAUCAAGAAUAAUUUGUCAGAGAGAAAAUCAACGGAAGCCUUUAAGAGUCACAAAGAGGCUGAAAGGAGACGUCGGCAGCGUAUCAACGCCCACUUCUCCACUCUACGCUCUCUCCUCCCCAACACCCCCAAGACGGAUAAGGCUUCAUUGCUGGCGGAGGUUGUUCAUCACGUGAGGGAGCUAAAGAGGCAAGUGGAAGACGUGGGGCGGCGUGACGGUGAUGGUUGCUGCAAUAAUAGUCAAUCAGAGCUUGAGACGUCGUGGCCGUUUCCAGGGGAAUGCGACGAGGCUACUUUGAAUUUUUGUGAUGAGAAAGGGAAGUUGUUGAAGGCGACGCUUUGUUGCGAGGAUAGGCCAGGUUUUAACGGGGAUUUGAGUCGCGUGGUCAAGUCGGUCCACGCUAAGGUGGUUCGGGCUGAGAUGACGACGGUUGGUGGGCGUACCAAGAGCGUUGUGGUGAUGCAAUGGAGCGGUGAUGAUGAGGAGAUUGGGCCGUUGAAACUGGCAUUGAAGAAUGUGGUGGAGAAUCGUGUUUCUGGGCAGGCCCAAACGGUGGGAAAUAAACGUGCUCGGGGUUUUGGGUCGGAUAAUGAAAGUGGUCAUGGGUUUUUGGUAGGUGGCUUUUGAUUUUGUUAU